AUGGUGCGUCAACGGGGUCUAUCCAAUGCAUCCUCGGCAUCCUCUGCCCCAGACCAAGAGCUGGGGAGUAUGUAUGAUUACCUGGCCAAGGUCAUUCUCCUCGGACCCAGCGGCGCUGGAAAGUCUUGUCUACUUCAUCGAUUCGUGAAGAAUGAAUGGCGAGUACUGUCGUCGCAAACCAUCGGAGUCGAGUUUUCUUCCCGGAUUGUCAAGCUCGGAUCGGGUUCGCGACGGAGACGGAUCAAGCUACAGCUUUGGGAUACCGCAGGUACGGAGCGUUUCCGAUCAGUUUCCCGGUCCUACUACCGGGGCGCCGCCGGUGCCAUUCUCAUCUACGAUGUCGCUUCCCACCCUUCCUUCACGUCCCUUCCAACCUUCCUGAUGGAUGCGCGCGCGCUGGCCUCCCCGAACUUGACUGUCAUCCUCGCGGGGAACAAGUCCGAUCUGGGAUCAGAUGCAUCGUCACAGAUGGAAGCAGAAGAUGCGGUGCGACCUCCACCGACUCCCUCCAGCACAUCGAGCAAGCAAUCCUCGCUCCCGUUCGAGACCUCUGGUUCAGUCCGCUCGAGUCACUUGGGUACAGGGACAAGGUUGACCGCCACAUUUGCCCCCGAGGGUCGGGAUGUCAGCCAGGAGGAGUCGUCCCGCUGGGCCGCGAGCUCGAAUAUCCCGGUGGCCGUCGAAGUCUCAGCUCUCACAGGAGAUGGCGUGGAAGAAGUAUUUAACCGGUUAGCCCGUAUCAUCCUGACCAAGAUUGAGCUGGGCGAAAUCGACCCCGAUGACCCACAGAGCGGCAUUCAAUACGGAGACGGUGGUCUUUAUGGCCACGGUACCAGUGAUGGCUCCAGUAUCCGUAGCCGGACCACGUUGGAUGACAAUGCAGUGCCUCUUCACCGCAGGACCCCCGACGAAGAGGCCAGGGCUCUGGGUCCGCGCAGGGCUGGAAGAGCGGGAUGCGAGAAUGGGAAGAUGUCUUCCGCCUUGGAGGUUCCCAAUCACGGAGGAACCGUGGGUGCUGUUGAAUUCGCCUUCGAUUCCUCGAGGACGGUUUUGAUUUUUGGUUUGGUCGAUUUCGCAUGGUCACUAUGGUGA